AUGUCUGCUGGAGCUAUCCGGGCUCCACUGGUUAUCCCCUUGCGAAGUCCAGAUUCUGGAUUAUAUAAAUCUCGUUUGGAUACAGGCACUUAUCUGGAAAUUACAUGUGAUACCCCAGAUGUAGCCAUUUAUUUUACAAUUAAUGGGAGUAAACCAACGGUUUCAAAAUGUCGAAAGGAGCUUCUGAAUACCGGAACUUAUAAGUUUGUGAAACCGUUUACUUUACCACCCGGAAGUCACAUUUUAAGAGCAGUAGCAGUUUCACUGGAAAAUGGGAACGAGAGCAGCGUAGUCACGAAGACAUUCGAUGUUGUUACAGCCAAAACAUCUCAAAAUGGUGAAAAAACAGAGAUUGUAGACGAUUAUGGUUUUCUCGAUGAACUGAAAUCAGCCGACUCUAAACGUAGAAGACAAAUGUCGGAUACAGAUCGUCCUGAUUCACGUCAUUCCGUCCACCGUUUCGUUGAAAAAGAUGAGAAGAGUGUAACUGAAGGAGGUGAUUACGGCGUUGUGAAGAAAUCUAUUAGAAAUCAAGAAAAUCAAGUGAACUUGAAAAACGAACGAAUUUUAUCAAUGGAUAAUCUUAAUAAUAAUGAAUCAGUUAAAUCGCCAUUAAUCAGUGAGCAUUCUCAACCUUCAACCCAUAUGGUUAAUCGACUACAACAACAGACAGAUAUUCUCAGAUGCCCUAACUGUUAUCAUGAAAGGCCAGUGAGUCGGAAACAGAACUUCUGUUUCCAUUGUGGUAUGAGUUUACCUAUUCUGUCGUCACCUAAGUAUGGCUCGUACGCAUUAGAGAACAUUGGUGUUUGCCCAUACUGUAAAGCUCAUGUGCCGUUAAAUUUGACUAGCUGUUUAGUAUGUGAAGCUCCAUUACAAAGGUCUCAAGUACAAAAGUAUGGUCAAUAUCCUAAAGAAUGUCGUUUAUGUGCAACAUGCAGAACAAUGAAUCCUAUUGAUACUCGAAGUUGUAUAAUGUGUGAAGCACGAUUACCAAUGGGUGGUACUAAUGUGGUACUCUCUAAAGGACAAUCUUUCCGUGACUCCCAUGUACCUUGUUUAAAGGAACAACAAAAUAAAUAUACAGAAAUGAAUAAAUCUGUACGAUUUUCUCUUUGUGUUUACUGUCAUCGUGAAAAUAAUCCUGAUGCACGUUACUGUGAUUGGUGUGGACUAGAGGUACCAAAGCAGUCUUUAAAUCCCUUGAACAGUGAACUAAAGUCUCCAGAUAAUAAUGGUGCUCAUCAUGAUUGGUCAUUUUAUGAUAAUCAUAGUAAAACCUCUGUACGUAAUGGUUUCAUACAUUGCAUUAAAUGUGAUUUACCUAAUCCUAAGGAAGCCAAUUAUUGUUCUUAUUGUGGAUUGAACUUACUGCCUCCACCACGUGUUGGAUGGUAUUCAACUAGUCAUACAUCCAAUUACAAUGAGUUUGAAUCUGAUGGAAAUCAGUCUGAAAAAUCUCUUCCACAAUACAAACCUAUACAGACUGUUGUUGCAAAUGUCUCUACGCAAACUGUUGGUCUGUUUUAUUCAAGUUCAACUGAAUUACGACGUCAAGACAGGCUUAUUCAAAGUCGCUUGUCAGUAGAUGCCCAGUUAAGAGAUAAAGCACCUGUUUUUACUGCUGUCAGUCCAGGCAGAGGAUUUUGGCGUAAACAGUUAGAUCAUAUUUUCGCACACUUGAAGCUAUAUACAAAUAAUAAUUCAGAAUUUCGUGCUGCAAUUGGACAACCAAGAUUUGGUAAACUUUUGUCAGCUGAUUUAUGUGAGGUAUCAAAUCAAGCAAAAAUCACUUUGAUAUACACAUUACCAAGUGAUAAGAAGAUUGUUACAUCUGGAACCAGUAAUCAAAUAAUUUCCAACAAGGUGUCCGUGGAUUCAGAUUACAAUGAUGGUAAAUUGUUACACUCAAUGAAGUAUCCAAAUAAAUUGAAUCAAAAUUUAGAUGGCUUCAAAAAUCUUAAUCCUCAGGAGAAUACUUAUGAACAACAGUUGACUGCUAGACAGUCUCCUGCACCAUAUGCUGUAAAAGAUGAACAAUAUGAAAUGAUGCGCUCAAGUCCUGUUCAACGCGGUAAUACUGGUAUAAACCAUAUACCUCCUAAAUCUUCACAUGAAUACUAUGAAAAUAAAAGUAAGACUGGUUCAUCCGAACCAGAGGAAGACGAAUCGAAAGACGUUGCGAAAUCAACUAAAUCUCUCAAUUCAACAAAAAAGAAACCGGACGACAAAUAUUCUGGAUUACAGCCGAAUCCUCACACACAGUAUGGUGAAACUGGUGUCGCUCUACUAAAAAAUUCUAAGCUAUCAACUUCAGAUAUUAAUUUGUUAUAUACACUAAGUCAACCGAAUGUAGAUAUACAUGAAGUGAAACGCCUUCUUAAGGAAGGUGCCAACCCGAAUUGUGUAAAUGGUGCUAAAGAAACCCCAUUGAUAUGUGCUGUACGUCACGGUCAUGUUCAAGCGAUAUCUGUAUUACAUGAAAACGGUGCACAAAUCAAUAUUCCUGGAACAUCUUUGGGAAACACACCAUUACAUGAAGCUGUACUCCGUGGAAUGGAUGGAUUAGAAUUAGCUAAGGAGUUAUUAAGAUGUGGUGGAAAUAUGAAGAUUGAAAAUAAUCGUAAAGAAACUCCACAUGCAAUAGUACUACGCUCAAAUUAUGAGCCUUUAAUUAGACUAUUUGCUUUACACUUAGGCCAGAAACAACUCAAAGAAUUAACGGAGAAUACUACCAGCAAAAUUGAUUUAAAAUUAAUGAAUAGUAGUCUGGAUAUAACACCCUUUAUAUAG